CAAUAAGUUAACACAUAGUGCUUUUAAAUGGCUUUACAUACAUAAAAGAAGCUUUAUAGUGUGAUGUGUGCCGUUAUUGGUGCUGAUGUUGAGGGGUUGGGCUCAGUGACUCCACUGUCACAGCCCAAAAGCGCACUGAUCCAUCGCCCAACAUCAGUUUAGGAAGAGCGAGCGGGCAAGGAUGCAGUAAAACUGGACUUUUACCCAGGGGACUGCUUAGAGAGAAGUUUCAUUAUUAUUUUUUUCUUUUGGAUGGACAAUCACAUCCGUGCAUAAUCGUGUUAGGAUAUGUGAGUGUUGCAGAGGAAAGGCAUGCAGCCAGAUGAGCAGAGCUAAGAGGAUUUAAUGCAGCUGGACACGAGCCACGCCGAGUAAAGAAGAAGAUUAGAUUGUUUUAAUCAAAUGCGAAGAAGUUUUUCUUGCUGGUCACUUUGAGUUUGGACUGUCGAGGAGUGAUGUUUGUCUUCAUCUCUUUAAGCACUACGAUAACUACACUGUAAGGAUGCUCCCCGCACAGAGAUGUACAGGUUCAACUCUACAGUAAAAGGGAAUACUGACAGAAGACCUUGCCACGAGUCGAGCUGAUCUUUACUAAGCCAGAUCUGGACUCAAAAAACACAUGAAGAUGUGCCAGUGUUACUCUGCCCUGCUUAUGCUCUGCUUAUACAUGGUGACAUGUGGAGCAGAGCUCAGAGCAGCUGUGUCUCCUCUGGGUUGGGGAGAGAGCGAUAAGGAGGAAAGUGUCUCUCCUUACGGCUCUCGUUCAGGGAUUCUCAAAUCCCUGCGGCUUUUCUCCCACACGUCCCAAUCUUACAGCCAGAGCCGUGAAACUGCUCCGGAUCCCGGGGCACUGGAUCUGUGGGCUUGGUUAUCCAACCACACUGAUACCGAAGGAACCCUCUCGAGGGCCAAACGUCGCCCCUAUGUGAAAACGGGCAAGUUUAAGAAGAUGUUUGGCUGGGGCGACUUCCAUUCAAACAUUAAAACGGUCAAGCUUAACCUUCUCAUUACUGGGAAAAUCGUAGACCAUGGCAAUGGAACCUUCAGCGUCUAUUUCCGCCACAACUCCACCGGCCUGGGCAACGUGUCCGUCAGCCUGGUCCCGCCCUCCAAGGCUGUCGAUUUUGAGAUCACUCAACAGGAGACCAUAGAGGUACCCAAAGACAAUAAAGCCUUCAAUUGUCGAGUGGAAUACGAGAAGACGGACCGCAGCAAGAGGACGUCCAUUUGCAGCGACUUCCCGAACAGGGUAUGUUUCCAGGAACAGACCCAAAGCCAUGUGUCUUGGCUUUGCUCCAAGCCCUUCAAGGUCAUCUGCAUCUACAUCGACUUCUUCAGUGCUGACUACAAGCUAGUACAGAAGGUCUGCCCAGACUACAAUUACCACAGUGACACUCCCUAUACUUCUGUGGGAUAGCACAGCCCAGAUUGGAUGUGUUGGGGUAACUGACGUGUCAUCUCAUUGUUACAGCCUCUCUAGCCUAUAGUUUCCUUCUUCUGGAUGAAUGGAAGCAAGGUCAGAUGAGGAUUCUCUCUUUUGAUCUUACUUGUCGGUGUGGGAAGUCGGUGACAGGAAUAGUUCACCCCAAAAAAUAAAUUUUCUACAGAAAAAAAGUCAGUCAAACAGGUCUGGAACAAAAUGAGGAUGAAUGAAUGGGAAUUUUUUUUAUUUAUUUAUUUUUGGUGAAUCCAGGCUUAAGACCUGAAUUCCUGAAGGCUGAUUCAAUUCGUACGGUUGACAUUUAUAUUUGACAAGACCAGCACAUCUAUGGUUUCCACAGUGACCCCUGACCCUUUCUCUGUAACUCUUGUGAUGUCAUCAGUGUGAGGUCUUAAAAGAUCCUUAACAAGUUUCCCAAUCAACAUAAGCUCUAAUUCAAGAACAGAACAAAAAAAUGUAAAACAUCUCGUAUUGCAACCAUUUGUGAUGUCCUCCCUUUCAUGCCAUCAUAUUUUUGUGUUCACAAAAACAUUGUCAAUAACUAAGAUUAAUGUUAAAGCCAUAACGUGCUCCUCAGUUCUUUUGUAUUUUGUUUUCAGUUAUUAAAGAAACGACAAGAUUUAAAUUUCCAGAA